AUGCCCGUUGGUCAUUUUCUGAUGGAGGGGAAGGUGCCAAUCGAAAGACCACGGCUUUACAACGCUUUGGAGGUGACUGGAGCUUUUGGAGCAGCGCAACGUAUGGGACUUCAACAGCAAGAUAUAAUCAUCGCCAGACCGUUUAUAUCCUCGGACAAUUUCACAAAGACGCUCACUGUAUUGGCGUUUGGCGUAAAUGCUAUUAGCAGUAAGCUUCGAGUCCAAUACAUAGCUGCGCCUCCUGAACUUCUGUUGAAUGUUGCCUUUUAUGCCGCCAAUCGAUCCGUCUUCUGCAUAUUCUCCAUCCCAACCUUGGUUGGACCCUUAGUCGCUGCGUUAUUGCAAUCGCGCUGUCAAAAUAUGCGAAAGGCAUUAAGGACAGAAGAAAGAUUGAAGUAUCAAACGUCGAGAUUUUUACUCAAACGUCUGGCCCAAAAGUCAGUAGAAACACGUCGGCCUUUGUUCGAGGACUUGUUCCCAGCUUCCGACUCAAACGCGCUGAAUACAUUCUUCAAUGUACGUACACGUUACACAACGGAAUUCGCGUUCUAA